AUGAUAACGAAAUAUCUUUAUUCCCUGCUCGCGCUGGGUACAUUAUGCCGAGCAUGGCGAGCUAGUUUCUCUGACGCGACGCAAUGCGGGACGACGACGGUGACCUGGUCUGCAGCAACGGCCGAGUCUAUAGGUCCUCCCUUCGUCGUACGUGUCGCUCCGUUCGGGCUUGCGCCGCUCAUACUUGACGUACCGACGAGCGCAUGGAGCGAUUCAUCACGAGCUGGCUCCUAUUCCUUUACCGUACCUUGGCCAGAGGGUACUCGAUUCGUAUCAGCCAUGGAUGAUGGGUUCGGCUUAGGCACUGGGGGCAUCUCGGGCAUACAAACCGUCAAGUCAUCCUCCGACUCCAGUUGCAUAAACUCCACUGUUACACAGCCCAGUCAGAUCUUCAGCAUCCGUGGCUCGUUUGCUCAAUGCUCAGUUGUGAGCAUGAAUUGGACCGAGCCUGCAACCUCACAGACACGAAUUGCCGGUCUUGUACCAAGUGGAGUUGCAUUCCAACUAGACCCUCCCUUGACGGGCUCCAAGUCCACCACUUGGGAUCUCAACUUGGAGGCGGGAACUGCAUUUGUUUUAAUAUAUAGUGAUGGGUCUGGAAACAACAUGACAAGUCAACUCCUCCAGUCACUUGAUAGCACAACUACGGGGUGUCUAGCAUCUGGUUCUUAUCCCUCGGCUACAGCACCACAAACCGGAGUGGCUGAGGCCACGGCCACUUCGUCCACUAGCGCCUUACCGACAGCCUCUUCUAUUUCAGAAUCGGGCAGUGGCAAUAGUCGCUCCAACCUUGGGCCAAUAUUGGGUGCCGUAUUUGGUACACUGGCGUUACUGGGCGUCCUCGGGCUUGGGGUAUGGGCGAUUUUGCGAAGGCGACGCCGCAAGCGUGUAACCCAUCAAGAACUGGCAGAGGGCGUCGAUCUUGACCGCAAAAACACUCGGGAGAACCAUGGUUUGGACGAGAACCACCAGAACAACGGCCCUCGCCGCCCAGGAAGUGCGGCUAUCCUACCGUUUGUUCUUCCGUACAAUGGAGCCCACCAAGGUGCUUCCGCAUCGGAUCAUUCACGCAAACGUGCACCACAAGUAGUGUCAAGAGAAACCGCUGAUACCCGCGACUCGUUCCAUAUUUAUGGGACUGAUACGAGCGCCAGCGAAUCCGUCCCGGGAGCCCGAAGCGACGUUGACGACGACCCUAUGUUUAUUCAACAUGAGGAUGCUGGAACUCUAAUUCCUCCUCGAACUCGUGAAGUUAUCGAACUUCCACCAGGGUACGACCAAUUACCUCGUCCACCGCCACCGCCACCAGCAGCACCAGCACCAGCACCGGCUCGUGUAGCUCACCAACAUUACAAAAUCGCCGCCGCCGCUAUCGCCGACGGUGUUAGCCCUUCUUCAGAACAAGGAAAGCAAUCUGCUGGACGCGUCGUUGGUCUUCACUUUUUCAACCCUGUCCCGGUAAUGAAACUUGUGGAAUUGAUUUCUGGUCUGCAAACUACGCCCGAGACCCUUGACCGAGCACGCUCUUUCGCCGAGGCGUGUGGUAAAGUGGUGACAGUUUCGAAGGAUGUCCCCGGGUUUGUGUCUAACGCUCUACUUAUGCCAUUCAUCAAUGAAGCAAUCAUGUGUCUCGAAAAGGGACGAUAUCGACACCACCCUCAAAUUGGGAUGAAUCACCCGAUGGGACCCCUUACCCUUGCUGAUUUCAUUGGUCUCGAUACGUGUCUUGCUAUUCAACGCGUUCUGUACGAAGGUACUGGUGAUUCCAAGUAUAGACCCAGCAUCCUGCUCGAACGAAUGGUGGACGCAGGAUGGCUUGGUAAAAAGAGCGGCAAGGGAUUCUACGACUACAACCAGUCGUAA